AUGACUGGCAAGAGUCAAUCCAUAACUAUCAGACUCACUAUUGAAAAGGUCAAGAAGAAUGUUGAUGCCGGUGACGCUGAUAAUGAACACAGGGUCAAGGAAAAGACCAUCCAUGCCCCACGUGAUGUCUUUUUAAAAAUCAAGUCCAAGGACUCCUUGACUGCCUUUUUGAACACCAAGUUGAACAAUGCGUUGCCUAAACAGAAUCAGUUGAUAAAGUACACUAGAAAAUCCAAGAAGCAUAAGGAUUACAUUGCGUUGGAUAACGAAGAAGAUUUCAAAUCUCUUUCUAGAAGCUUGAAAGUUAAGAACCACGUCAAGUUGAAAAUCGAAGAUCAUUCUUCUCCUGCUGAUUUUGCUGCUGCUGCUGCUGCUGCUGCUGCUCAAGAAGAUGCUGAACAACAACAACAACAAGAAGAGAAGGGACAAGGGCAAGGGCAGUCUAAUUCGUUUGAAUUUGACCUCAAGAAGAAAAUCAAUGUUGAUUUCGCCAAGUUUGGGGAUGCUUUGAUUGAGUUGGCUUUUGAGCAUUUCAGAGAACUCUUUGGCAACUCACUUGAUCUCAUCAACGAAGACAAGGGUAAGAAAUUUGCUUUUGACGCUCAAUCUAUGGAUUCGAAAUCUGAAUCUUUGUCUGCAAGUUCUAGCGGACAAAAAUCACCGAAUUUGAAACCAGAAAAGAAUGCGCAGGAAAAAGAAGCAGAAGCGGAAGAAAAAAAGGUAGAGGAAGUUGUACACCAAGACAUCUGCUGUGACCAAUGUUCUCCCGUCGAAGAUGUACCUCUCAAGGGUACUAGAUACACUUGCUUGGUCUGCGAAAACUAUGAUUUGUGCUCAAACUGUGAAUCUAAGCAACAAGCUGGUAAAUUAAAUUACGGAAAGCAUUUGUUUGAGCAUCCAAUGGCAAGAAUUGUCUCUCCAAUGGCAUUUGCAAAGCCAAACUGGUCUGGUAGGAAAAACUUUUGCAGCGGAUUUGGUCGAAUCCACCGACCAUUUACAAGAUUGGCAAAAGACGAUAUUAUUUACGAUAUCCCCUUGUCCCAAUGCAACGCGCAAAACAGAGAGAAAUUGACCCAAUGGUUGAACAAGAGCGGAAUUCAAGGCUUUAUGAAGGAAAUUGACAAUGUCGUCCACAAGAGCGAACUUUACGAUGAGGUUUUGUCGUUGCUUGAAUCAUUCUGUGAAGAUGACUUGGAAACGAAGCAUCUUGUGGUGAUGGGAUUGGUCAAAAACUGGUUGGAGAGCGGUAGUUCUAAGGAUGUCGUGGAUGCGCAUAACUCAACUGAUGCUGAUGAUUCUUCCAACUCGACUGGUUCGAAAGCGGAAGAAGAUGUUGAUGUUGAUGUUGAUGUUGAUGUUGCAGUUGAUCGCAUUGAGCCAGCCAUGGGCACGAUAAACACUCAAAAGUCGGGCUUUGUCGCCAAGAUUUCGAAAGUGGAGAUGUUGGUAGGAAAGAUUGUUUUGCAGUUGAUCAACAGGUCGAAUCAAACAAUCCGCGGCGGUGACAUGAAGUUUGAACUAUACAAGGAUGAGACCGAAAAGGAGAAGGAGGGAAACCAGAUCUUGACUUUUAUCAAGAAUGCAAGUGAUGUUAAGCCGGGUCAAAUAAAAUUUUACAAGUUGGGCAAGAUCCCCAAAGAUUUUGAGAUCAAAAACACCACUUUCAAGAUUAGUGCCCCAGAAUUGGCGUUGAAGGGAACGUUUGCCUGUGAUUCGGAGAUUGAACUUGCUCUAUGCGAUGACUUGCAGACUGGGUUGACAAACGAGGUGACUCAAGAACUACCAGACGGCGAUGGCGAUGCAGCGGCUAACAGUUUAGGCGUUGCUAUGGUGAAUUUGGACUUGAAGCCAAACCUGUUGGUUCAAUUAAAAAUCGUGAACAACUUGAACAGAAACAUUAGUGGUGAAGAUUUAAAGUUGAAGCUUGCUGACGUGGACGAGAACAUUAUUCUGAACGCCGAUAUCGAGAGUUCCAGGGAUAUUGCUCCCGGAAAGUCGUCAAAGUUUAACCUUACCUGGCAGGACCAAAAAUUAAGGUAUCCAAUCAAAUUCACGUUUGAGAAUCGACACGAAGUCGGUACCUGUGAAUUCAGGGAAGGAGCCUUGGACGCGGUCUUGGUGUUCCACAACAAGCAAACUUUAGAAGUUGACGAUUCUGAAGUGACCGAUGCGGUGUUGGUUUUCGGUGAAGAGUUGACGGAAGAAAAGACUUCAUCCACGCAGCUGCACUCUUCUCUUUCCCAGAGUGCUUCUUUCCAUUCAGUCGUGUUGCCUUCUUUGCCGCGCGAAAGUAACGCGGGCUUGCAAGAUGUCAAGAGCGAAGUACAAGUUACAGAAGCCGGAGCCGGAGCUGGAGCUGAACGCGACGACGACUACGAAAUGUUAGACUCGGACGAUGAAUCGUUGGAUUCAGACUUUGAAAUCCUCUCCGUUCACUCCUCAAACUCAUGA